GACCAUCCCUACGCUCACAACUUGCCCGACGAGCCUUGGGAUUGGGAAGAAAUAUCCCUCCACCUUCUUUACUCCAACAUCGACCAAGGCCCGUCAAAAUGCGAUCUUUUUCGCUCUCUCCCUCGCUCUCUUUCGUGAUCGAUUUCGCGACCCAUUUUCUUGAAUUUCUUUUUCCAGGGUCGGGGAACGGCAAAUCGCCGUGGGGGAGGAGGAAGCACCGGCUCCGGUGGCUGGGGAAGCCGAGGGCGAUUCCACAGCUGAUUCUUAAGCUGCGGGAACCUCAGUUCAGAGAAUCUGCUCUGCACUUGCUCAGUUCUUUCCUCUUCCAGAAGAGGGAGGAGGACCCGGAGAAUUAUUACAGGGCGGGGUUUCUUUUGUUCCAUUCUUGCGGUACCAUGGCCAUCCUGAUACAGGAGGUGCUCUUGAUCUACAGGAUGAUGGCGGAUGGAAGUCUAAACAAUAGAGCAUGCAUGCGCCUUAUCAAUGUCAUUAUUCUAUUCCAGUGCAUUGCAGCUAAUAGAGAAACCAGGCAAAAGCUCAUGAACUCCUGCAUUGUUAACUUCUUGGUACCCUUAGUACUGUUCGUGUCCACACUGGAGGUGUAUGACAACGUGAGAGCUGUUGCCUUGUCAGUGUUUGGCAUUUUAUGCCAGGCAAGAGAAUCCAGUGCUGUCCAAUGGGCUAUCGAAAAUGAGGUGGUGGAAGUAUGCUUGAUUAGCAUGGACACUGGAAAUGAACUCACAAAAGUGAUUGGACUGCACAUUGUUGAAUCCAUACUUCGGGUGGACUUCGGAAUAUCAUACUUAUUCAGUCCUGCAGCUGAUCAUCUAUUGAAUAGACUGAUGAGAACAUGGGACAAUUUGGUAAAUCAGAUAGCUGUUGUGCACGACUUCUCUCCUCGAAUCCUCUUUCAUACCAUCCGGUGCUACACUCUCUUAUGUCAUGAUGAAAGGGGACAUAAUCUUGUGAAGCAGUCACUCCCUAAAUCCUUCAUCAACGGCACUUUUCAUGAAAGCCUGAAGGAGUUUCCCGUGAUUCGUAGAUUGCUUUCACAACUGCUACUGAUUGCUGGUAUAAACGACUCAUGAGCAGCUUUUUCAGUUCACAAGAUCUCAUCAUUCAAAGAAGUAUCAGGAUUAAUGGUGUAUUUCCUCAAAGCUGCUGCAU